AUGGCGGAUCCAAACCAGAACCCCAACCUCGUGUCUCCACAAGACUUGCGGCAAAAAGCCCCAAGGACAAUCCCCCAGGUCCUGAUAACCGACCUUUCUACCCGAAACACCAGGAACACUCAAGGCCUAUAUUCUUCCUCGAAUAUCACGGAGGUUACCUAUUUCAGCGAGUUCACCUAUCAGCGAGUGAGAUCACGUUUUGGAACACUUCUUGAAAAUACCAGAAUUCUAAAUGUCUCUUUCACCUCACGGCCCAUAGAGGGUGUUACCACAGAAACAACUAAUGCCGCUAGGAUCACUGAGCACUUCAAGCCCCAGCAUCUACGUCGGCGGCCCAACCGGCUUCCCGGCGACGUCAAGCCUUCCUAUAAAUGGAACUUGAAUAUGAUCGACGAUCGUGAUGAACAUGUCCAGAAGGAGUUCAAGCAAAUCUUAUCGCAAGUGAACUACUAUAUGAAGCAGCACCAUACCCGUUACGGGUUCGUGAUAACUGAUCAAGAGCUGGUUGCAAUCAAAAGGCUGAACCGCGACGGUGAACUGCAAGUGUCGGACUCAAUUCCUUGGACGGACCGCGGAACUCCAGACCAGCCAUGCAUGACCGUGCUUCUUGCACUUUGGUACUUAGGUAUGCUGGCAGCCGACGAACGCGGAUGGCGUCUCAACUGA